UCAGUAGCAGGGAGAUUGCUGCACACACCGCCCUCAGCUCUGCUGUUCUGUGCGCACUGAGCACAGGAGAUGAGCUUAAGAUCAUCUUGGUGGGGAGCCCGGGAAUGGAGAGGCCGGCUCUGCCCCGCUGAUCAGCACAGCCCAACUUUAUGGGGGGCUAGCUAGACCGCGUCUCACUGCCCGCUGUGCGGCCAACAGGGGGGUUUUGAAGAUCAUGAUCACAUGGAUGCAUCUAACUAAAUGGUACGUGGGGACAUGGUGGUCCUUUAGAGAGCACAUCUAAAUUACUGGCUAAUUCCUUGGUUUGCCACCCAACAUAGGACAUUGUUUGAUUCUAUCUAUCAGAAGUCUCCUAAAUUUUCCCCACCAUGCCGUCUUUAUUAGCUUGAACUCUUUUCCUAAAAUGGUCCUUCUGUUGAUCCUGUCAGUUCUGCUUUUGAAAGAAGAUGUCCGUGGGAGUGCACAGUCCAGUGAAAGGAGGGUGGUGGCUCACAUGCCAGGUGACAUCAUUAUUGGAGCUCUCUUUUCUGUUCACCAUCAGCCCACGGUGGACAAAGUUCAUGAGAGGAAGUGUGGGGCAGUUCGUGAACAGUAUGGCAUUCAGAGAGUGGAGGCCAUGCUGCACACUCUGGAAAGGAUCAACUCAGACCCCACACUCUUGCCCAACAUCACACUCGGCUGUGAGAUAAGGGAUUCCUGCUGGCAUUCGGCUGUGGCCCUAGAGCAGAGCAUUGAGUUCAUCAGGGACUCCCUCAUUUCUUCAGAAGAAGAAGAAGGUUUGGUGCGCUGUGUGGAUGGGUCUUCCUCUUCCUUCCGUUCCAAGAAGCCCAUUGUAGGGGUCAUUGGGCCUGGCUCCAGUUCUGUGGCCAUUCAGGUCCAGAACUUGCUCCAGCUUUUCAACAUACCUCAGAUUGCUUACUCGGCAACAAGCAUGGAUCUGAGCGACAAGACUCUGUUCAAGUACUUCAUGAGGGUUGUUCCUUCAGAUGCCCAGCAGGCACGGGCCAUGGUGGACAUAGUGAAGAGGUACAAUUGGACCUAUGUGUCAGCUGUGCACACAGAAGGCAACUAUGGAGAAAGUGGGAUGGAGGCUUUCAAAGAUAUGUCAGCCAAGGAAGGAAUUUGCAUCGCUCAUUCUUACAAAAUCUACAGCAACGCAGGGGAACAGAGUUUCGAUAAGCUGCUGAAGAAGCUCAGGAGUCACUUGCCCAAAGCCCGGGUGGUGGCCUGCUUCUGUGAGGGCAUGACUGUGAGAGGUCUCCUGAUGGCCAUGAGGCGCCUGGGUCUAGCAGGAGAAUUUUUGCUUCUGGGCAGUGAUGGCUGGGCUGACAGGUAUGAUGUGACAGAUGGAUAUCAGCGAGAAGCUGUUGGUGGAAUCACAAUCAAGCUUCAAUCUCCCGAUGUCAAGUGGUUUGAUGAUUAUUAUCUGAAGCUUCGGCCAGAAACAAACCUUCGAAAUCCUUGGUUUCAAGAAUUUUGGCAGCAUCGUUUUCAGUGCCGGCUGGAAGGGUUUGCACAGGAGAACAGCAAAUACAACAAGACUUGCAAUAGUUCUCUGACUCUGAGAACACAUCACGUUCAAGAUUCCAAAAUGGGAUUUGUGAUCAAUGCUAUCUAUUCCAUGGCCUAUGGGCUCCACAACAUGCAGAUGUCCCUCUGUCCAGGCUAUGCAGGCCUCUGUGAUGCAAUGAAGCCAAUUGAUGGACGGAAACUUUUGGACUCCCUGAUGAAAACCAAUUUUACUGGGGUUUCUGGAGAUAUGAUCCUAUUUGAUGAGAAUGGAGACUCUCCAGGAAGGUAUGAAAUAAUGAAUUUCAAGGAAAUGGGAAAAGAUUAUUUUGAUUAUAUCAAUGUUGGAAGCUGGGAUAAUGGAGAAUUAAAAAUGGAUGAUGAUGAAGUAUGGUCCAAGAAAAACAACAUCAUCAGAUCCGUUUGCAGUGAACCAUGUGAGAAAGGCCAGAUAAAGGUGAUCCGGAAGGGAGAAGUCAGCUGUUGUUGGACCUGUACACCCUGUAAAGAGAAUGAAUAUGUCUUUGAUGAAUACACCUGCAAGGCGUGCCAGCUGGGGUCGUGGCCCACUGAUGACCUUACAGGUUGUGAUCUGAUCCCAGUACAGUAUCUUCGCUGGGGUGACCCUGAACCCAUUGCCGCUGUUGUGUUUGCCUGCCUCGGCCUGCUGGCCACCCUAUUUGUUACUGCAGUCUUCAUCAUUUACCGUGAUACUCCAGUAGUCAAGUCCUCCAGCAGGGAACUCUGCUACAUUAUCCUUGCUGGCAUCUGCCUGGGUUACUUAUGUACCUUCUGCCUCAUUGCAAAGCCCAAACAGAUUUAUUGCUACCUUCAGAGAAUUGGUAUUGGUCUUUCUCCAGCCAUGAGCUACUCAGCCCUCGUAACCAAGACCAAUCGUAUUGCAAGGAUCCUGGCUGGCAGCAAGAAGAAGAUCUGUACCAAAAAGCCCAGGUUCAUGAGUGCCUGUGCCCAGCUAGUGAUUGCUUUCAUCCUCAUAUGCAUUCAGUUGGGCAUCAUCGUUGCCCUCUUUAUAAUGGAGCCUCCUGAUAUAAUGCAUGACUACCCAAGCAUUCGUGAAGUCUACCUGAUUUGUAAUACCACCAACCUAGGAGUUGUCACUCCUCUUGGAUACAAUGGUUUGCUGAUUUUGAGCUGUACCUUCUAUGCUUUCAAGACCAGAAACGUUCCAGCUAACUUCAAUGAGGCCAAGUACAUCGCCUUCACCAUGUACACCACCUGCAUCAUAUGGCUGGCCUUUGUGCCAAUCUACUUUGGCAGCAACUACAAAAUCAUCACCAUGUGUUUUUCAGUCAGCCUCAGUGCCACAGUGGCGCUGGGCUGCAUGUUUGUGCCAAAAGUGUACAUCAUCCUGGCCAAACCGGAGAGAAACGUGCGCAGCGCCUUCACCACAUCUACUGUGGUGCGCAUGCAUGUGGGGGAUGGCAAGUCAUCCUCAGCAGCCAGCAGGUCCAGCAGCCUAGUCAACCUGUGGAAGAGGAGGGGCUCCUCUGGGGAAACCCUAAGGUACAAAGACAGGAGACUGGCCCAGCACAAGUCGGAAAUAGAGUGUUUCACCCCCAAAGGGAGUGUGGGCAAUGGUGGGAGAGCAACCAUGAGCAGCUCCAAUGGCAAAUCCGUCACGUGGGCCCAGAAUGAGAAGAGCAGCCGGGGGCAGCACCUGUGGCAGCGGCUGUCCAUCCACAUCAACAAGAAAGAGAACCCCAACCAAACGGCCGUCAUCAAGCCCUUCCCCAAGAGCACGGAGAGCCGCGGCCUGGGCGCAGGCGGCGCGGGCGGUGGCGCGGGGGCCGCGGGCGGCGCGGGCGCGGGCGGCGCGGGCGGCGGCCCCGGCGGGCCGGAGCCCCCGGACGCCGGCCCCAAGGGGCUGUACGACGUGGCGGAAGCGGAGGAGCACUUCCCCGCGCCCGCGCGCCCGCGCUCGCCGUCGCCCAUCAGCACGCUGAGCCAGCGCGCGGGCUCCGCCAGCCGCACGGACGACGACGUGCCGUCGCUGCACUCGGAGCCCGCGGCGCGCAGCAGCUCCUCGCAGGGCUCGCUCAUGGAGCAGAUCAGCAGUGUGGUGACCCGCUUCACCGCCAACAUCAGCGAGCUCAACUCCAUGAUGCUGUCCACCACGGCCCCCGGCCCCGGUGUGGGCGCCCCGCUCUGCUCGUCGUACCUAAUCCCCAAAGAGAUCCAGCUGCCCACAACCAUGACGACGUUCGCCGAAAUCCAGCCGCUGCCCGCCAUCGAGGUCACGGGCGGCGCGCAGCCCGCGGCGGCGGCCCCGCCGGCUGGGGGCGCUGCUCGGGAGACGCCGACGGCCGGGCCGGACGCUGCAGCCGGCAAGCCGGACCUGGAAGAGCUGGUGGCUCUCACCCCGCCGUCCCCCUUCAGAGACUCGGUGGACUCGGGGAGUACAACCCCCAACUCGCCAGUGUCGGAGUCGGCCCUCUGUAUCCCUUCGUCUCCCAAAUAUGACACACUUAUCAUAAGAGAUUACACUCAGAGCUCCUCGUCGUUGUGAAUGUCAUUGGAAACCACGCUGGGUUCCGCCAAGGGAGCCAAGACCUCCCGUGUUCACGCAGACACAGUGACAAGCAUAGUCGCCUGGUUAAGACCCGAGGUGGAAGAUGCCAAGUACACCCGUAAUGGAAACACGAGAUUAAUAGUGCUAUUUAACAUCAACCGACGAAGACACCGACCACAAAUCCUUUGGCAGAUUUUCUUCUAGUGGCCUUAGAAAACAUGGGCUUUUAAGAAACACUGCUUAUAUUUUUGAGGGCUGACAAGAGUCUGUUGAACCAGUUCCAUACCAAGUGCUUUGCUCUAGGGAAGCAAUGAGUGUGUAACAGCAUAAUGGAGGGGGAAAAGCAUAGUUAUUAAGCAACUGUACAAAGUUUUGUUUGUUUACUUUAAUUCUUUUCCCAGAAGAUUCUUUGAUUCACCAAACAUGAAUGUACAUUUUCUAACAAACUCAAAAUCUGGGACCAAAACAUCAACCUUUCGCUCUCUUUUUUUGUUUUUUGGGUUUUUUUCCGUUUUUUUUUUCUUUUUUUCUGUCCUUUAAAGACUUUGAAAAGCAGUAACUUGGGCCCAGUAUUUACUGAGGCAUUGUUGUGAGUGUGUCCCAUGCAUAACACACAACUGGAUAAUGAGUGCUGCGCUGAUGUGUAUAAGGCUUUUACCAGAGACAUUCCUCUCCAAUUUGGUUUUGAAAUCCUCUUUGAAAAGCCUGCAUCCGGGAGUCCACCUAGUUAUUUCAAUUCACCUCCAUUAACCAAGAAAACCAAUGGAAGAUUUCUUGACUAUUUCACCAUGUUGCCAAUCAAUACUGGAGUAGCAAAAAAAUAUUUUCUGGAAUACUGUUUUGUAAUUCCCUCACUGGGGUACCGUUGUGUAGCUGGAAAUUCUCUUUAUAAUAAUAAUAAUUCCUGAGCUCCAGCUUGGCUAUCACUUUCAUGAAAUGUGGCCACUCCUCCUUAUGAAUGCUGUUCCAUUAGCAUUGCCAGCUAAAAUAUUAAAAUAUGCAUUUGGGCUUCUCCAUUCCUUUCUUUUGAGAACCUGAUGCACAAAGAGCUCCUCUGUUCUUUCCAAGUCCCACCACUGGAAGAAUGGUCUAUAGACCCAGCGAAGACAGCGACAUGAUUAGAGGGACUGCUGUUCAAAAAGUUAACACAAUCUUAAUACGCUGGAAAUUUUAAACUGUGUCAAGUCGGCUUAGCAGAGAUUUAGCUAUGCCAGUGAGCAGUGAUUUUAACUUUUUUUGGCUGCUUAAAGAGGGCAGCUAUGAACUAUGACAAAUGUAGAUUUUUCAAAGCAAUACAGAAUAUUAAAACAGAGGAACCUUAAUGAAUAUAAACCACACAGUCUCUUAGCCAUUCCAAAAAGAGGCAAAGCAAUUAUUAGUAUUUCCUUUUUAAAAUAAUUAUUAAUAUGAUUUUGUGCACUUCAUACUGUCACUUUUUAAAUACUGCAGAAAAGAGAUUUAAAGAUAUACUAGAAAUACAUGUGCUUUAAUAGGCUCAUAUAGGUAGAAUUCAUAGCUCAAGACCUGCAUCCACAGUCAUCUCUUUCUUCUUCUCAUUACAGUUGUCCUCAGGUGCCAAAUGUUUUUUUGUGUUGUUUUGUUUUGGUUUGGUUUGGUUUCGUUUUGUUUCAUUUUAAAUUUUAAAAUAAAGAUAGUAAUAAAAGGAGGAGGUGUCCUAUAAAUUUAAAGUUCAGUUGAUCCAGCCUUAUACUAAAGCUAGCCUUAUGAAAAAGAUUUGCUGUGAGGCAGAAGUAUAUUUUUAGCAGAAAGAAAAAUAAAUGAAACCUUUUUCCUUGAGCUCAAUAUCCUUAUAUUGGCAUGUAUUUUUUUAUUUCAUAUCUACUUUAAAAAAGGAAUUGAGAAAUGGAAAUAUAUCCAUUGGUGUAAUUUAUCAUGCCCCACUUUUAAAAGUUAUAGGAAAUAUACUUCUUGAUUUUCCUUUACUUAUAUCUGUUCUUAUAUUAAAUUUAAAAUCAAAUCUCCCAGUAUAAAAUGUUAAAAGCUGAUAUUAGUUUACUAAAAUAUAAACUUGAAAAUCAAACUUACCAUACCACAUUUGAAAAUAUCAUCAGAGCACCCUGAACCCACAUGUUAUAAUGAGACUCUUGAAGCAGAGUGAAUUUAGCUAAGCUUUAUAGUUUCAUUGAACGUGAACUCUGCCUCUACUUAAAAAACAAAUGUAAAUAUUUUGAUUAACACCCUUCAAUCCUCAUGAAAAGGGUGGCAUUCACCUGAGGAUUACCAUUUUGAUUUCUUAAACAUUGAAACCUUUCCAAAUAUACUCAACUAAGUUUUAAAUUCGUUUCCCAUGACUUUAGGUUGAUUUCCAUUUUAUUCUCAAGUGUAAGUUUCACCGUGUUGACCAACAGAAUAUUUUUAAAAAACUUUCUCCAUGAUCAAAUUUCUCUUCUAAAUUUUUAGUAACAUAUUUCUUUAAAAAAAUACACCACUUUAUGAGAAAAUUCAUCAGAAAUUAAAAUGUAAUACAAAUAAAUUGCUGUCUGAUAAUGCCAUAUGAAAUUAUAAUCAACUGUAAUAAGAAAAAUAUUCAUCCAACUAGAGGAGAACAAGGUGUACUUUUCUCUGUGUUUUUAUGCCCUUUGCCCUUCAUUCAAUACAUUCUAUAAUGCAUAAUAUUAGUAAUGCACUUUUGGGAUCUUGUAUUUUGGAAUGAUGCUAACUCUGUCUCUUUGCCAAUUCUAAUACCAGGUUCCAAGUAAUAAAUCUACAAGGAAAACUGAAUAUUCAUUCUAGGGCUAGGAUAUGAACUUCGCAAUUCAUUUGGGUACCUAUUUUCAUUGAAUUUCCUUGAAAACAGUCUGUUCCUGGUGCCCAGUGAUCACUCAGUUGGACCAGCAUGACUAAAAGGAAGGGGAAAAGACAGUGAAAUCCUGAGAUUCAGAAAAGUGACCCUAAAGGACAGUUUGGUCCAAGGAUGAAAAGAAGAAGACCUACUUUGAUCGAGUUAUAUGGACCAUCUAAGGAGUCCACGCACUGCUCUGUUCUGGGAGAGGAGUAGGGGCAGCCUGAGAAGACCCUAUGUGGAUUGGGAAGAAGCUUCUCUCUGGGUUAGGGGUGGGGAGCAGAAGGGAGUACGCAAAGGAAAACCAUAUGAGAUUUGACUGAAGUAAAGAAAAACAGUAAAUCCCCGAAUGUACUAAUCCUUGUUAGUAAAAGUCUUUCCCAAACUUCUGCUGUUACCAGCAAGUGAUCAGGAAGACUAGGAGCUAUUUCUGACUGUGAAUGAAUUGUGUAAUGGCUCUGCUGCAGUUCUGUGACUUCCAAACCAGGAAUUAACCACUUUUUAAGAAAAAACAAAAAACAAAAAAACAAAAACAAAAAAACCCAUUUCCUAUGCUAGUCUCCCAGCAAAAUGUACAUGUUUUGGAGACUUCAAAAGUAUUAUCUGAGUUCACAUUUAGCCACAGCUUAUUAAUAACCCUCAAGCUGUCAGAAUCUCUAUAGUUACCAUUUACAAUUUUAUACUGUGAAAAAAAUACAGAUCAGUGAAAAACAUAAAGAUAAAUUGAAAUUCACUUUUAAGAGGGUCUGAGGUCUGGGAGAUUCUCUACUAUCUGUUGAAGAGUGAGGCAUGUAUAAAAUAGUUGGCUGAAUUUCACUGAUCUUCCCAAUGUGAACAAAUAUACUAUGUAUAUUGUGUGUAUUUCUAGAAUUCAAUGGCAGCUGCUGGUGGUGUUGUAAUUAGAAAUCUAUAUAGAAUAUAGAUGUUUUAGAGAGAUGGUGCCAAUCCUAAAAGAUUUGUGUGGGCUACAAGUGCUUGUACUUACUUUUUUCUGCACUUUAACGGAUUUGGUUUUAAAAUUGUGUGCGCGUAUCUGUUCUUUUUCUGUUGUUGCAGCUUGUACUAUUAAAACAAUAGAGAAUGUUAAAUUAUUUUGAUGUGAAUUGCAAAUGAUUUUUUUCAUAAAGUUUAACAUUUUUAUCAGCAUUGUUUUGCUUUGUACUUGUAUAAAUGUGUUUUAUUUUAGCCUUCAAAAGUACACUUGCCUGUUUCUCAGUUGUCUAAAUCAUGUUAUAGUUGGUGUUUGUGAAGUCAGUUACUUUUUGAAAAAUAUUAAAAAAGAAACUAUGGUAUGACUUUAAGAUUCUUCCCCUUAAAUGUUUAGAAUGUUGUCUUAAUAGUGUUUUCUAAGACCCAAAGAGCCAUACUAUUAAUUAAUCUUAAAUUCUGAAUGAUAUAUACAUUCAAAUUAUGGGAUUGACAAAGUAGCCUAUGGACAAUAGAUUAAAUUAAAAAUGUAAACCAACCAUAAACCAACCCAAGAUGCUGUCCUCAAAGACAUCUACAAACACCUUUUAAGACAAAUAUUUUUUUAAAAAAACAAUGAAGCAUGUAGGGAUUAUACCUUGCUUUUGUGUCUGGAAAUACAAAUACGAAUUAUAGUGCCACAAUUAUCUGUGUUGGUAGAGGUUACAUCAUAAAAAUAAUAUAGAUUAUGUGUGUUUAUGUAUCUGUGAAUGUCUGGAUGUAUAUACAAACAACACACAUCUGUGUAGAUUUUUUCCUUUUGAGUCCAUCUGUGUAUGUGUUUCUGUGUGUAUGUUUGUUUGUGUGCGCAUGUAUGGGCAUAUCUGUAUAAUUUUACCAGAAAAAAAAAUUACUUGUGAAAUCACUUUCUACUUUGAUGGAUUCUUAAGCAAAUUUACACUCCUUGAACACAAAUUAUCUAAAACCUAAAAGCAUGAUGUGUGGAAGAGAAAAACAAUGUAGACUUUAAAACAUAGCUUCUCUCUGCUUCCCUACAUUGUAUUAUUUAUACACAUAUAAUAUGUAUAUACAUAUAUUCUUAUACAUAUGGAAAUUGAUACAAAAUAUGUUUGAUCUUAAAAAAGAAAACCAUUUUGUGUGCUUUGUCAGA